AUGGGUGAACGCUUUCCAUUUAGAAAUUUUGAAGAAUUUACGGAUAGCAGCAAAAGCGAAUCAGAAGAAAGUGGAAAUCAUCUUAAUCAUUCCAAUCAUCUACUUGAAAGUGACAUCAGUUCGAAGAAGCGAAUUUUAACGGAUUCAUCAUGCGACUCAGAUAUGAGUUUCACCGAAAAUGAAGAUUAUGCUAGCUUAAAGCGUAAAAAGAUCGCAACUUCGAACGAAAGUACAGAUAGAAUGGAAAUGUAUCGACACGUCACUACAGUAGACACAUUGACAACAAAUCGUUAUUUGUUGCCACUUGCUCGCCGUUUCUAUGGUUCUGAGGGACGUAGCAUUAGUGUCACUGAACCGGAACUUACUUGCUCAAUUUGCAACUCAAAGGUAUUAAAGAAAUUUCUCGAACUUCAUGCAUGGAUGCACCUUUCGUGGAUGACUGAGGUAGGCGAUCGACAUCCAUUCCAAUGUACACGUUGUAAUUUUACUGCUUUUCGUAUUCCGGAUGUCGUAUGUCACACCAACGAGAUACACGAAUGUUUCUCACCUAUGAAAUCUAUAAUGCAUCAGCACUAUUGA